AUGGCGCCCAGUCAAAAAGUGUAUCCGCGAGGUACGGUGAAGAAGAUUGUCAAGGCGCAUUCGAAUCUCAACAUUAGCAAAAAUGCGGAUAUCUUGAUAUUUCUGGAUUACGCUUUGUUCAUGCAAAGCCUUGUGAAAGAGGCCGCGAUUCAAUCAAAGCAGGCCGGCGAGCGUAAUAUUGCUGCCUGGAGCGUGAAGAAGGCAACGCCCGUGAGUAACCGUGGUGUCGAUGGUUUCCUGCACUGA